AUGUCAUUUUUUCUUCAUCAUGAAUGCACUCGCGUACCAGUAACGGCUGUGGCCUCCUGUGGCACCCUCCUCGUUGCUGCAGAAGGCCCAUUCCUCCGUUUUUACGGUGCCAGUGACACUCACUUCAUCUCAUCGCAACGUGUAUUCAAGGCCCAGACGAUCCAUGGGAUUGCGGUCUACUCAGAGCAGCAUGAUCAUGUGACCAGGCUCAUAGUCUGGGGUGGCCGAUGUGUGCGUGCCCUUGAAGUGAGACCGCACUCAUUGGAGCAAUCUAGAACCGAGACCUUGACUGUAUCUCUAUCAGACAUGAUCUCGGCUCCAGACUGGAUAAUAGAUCUAGCACCGCGCCCAAUAAGUCUAGACGAGCUCGAGUAUCAAGAUGCCAUUUUUGCCGCCGUAACAGCUCACAAUGCCUUACUGCAGCUGUCAAUAGAGUGCAGGCAUGGUGAUAGAAUAUCAAGUCGCAGCCACUUUACCGUCUCUAUCAUAGAAUUGACUACGAGCACACGAUCUAUUCUCUAUUCAGCCCAUCUUUUCUGGGAUUCACCAAAUACCCUACUUGUCGUUGCUGGUACUGCUUUUGGUGAGAUCAUGUACUGGUCCUGGAGCCAGGAUGGUAGCGAUGCACCAGUCUCGCGAACGCACCGCAUCUUUACUGGCCAUGAAGGUUCAAUAUUCGGCGUUCGGAUUUCUAAAGAACUCCCAUCAGAAUGCUGCCAGAAAUUGAGGCGAUUAAUUGCAAGCUGUAGUGAUGAUCGUACCAUCCGCAUAUGGGAUGUUUCGGAUGUUGUCCCAUCUGAGAAGAAUGGAAACAGUGAUGAGGACUCCGAGGCAACGAGAACAAGGCACACAGGAUUCAAUAAUGAAUCUUUUGACGCUAGUCCCUCUACCAAUAUAGCGUGUCUAGCAAUUGGAUGGGGUCAUACCUCACGCAUUUGGGCCGUUCGGUUCCUGGAGACCUCACCUUGUAGCGGGUCAUUAUAUCUCCAGUCCGCCGGAGAGGAUGCGACUGCACGUAUCUGGGAACUGGUUUCAUCAACCUCUCUUGACAGAAGAACAACCUAUACGCUGUCACAGGUUGAUUGUGCCGCGCAUCAUAGCGGCAAGAACCUAUGGGCUAGCGACGUAUCCCGAGACUUGAAAAGUGUGCAAUACACGAUAUGUGGUGGUGCCGACAGCAAAAUCACGGCAUCUUCAUUGCCUCAGAGUGCACAAGCCACCAAUUUAAGACCUCGUGUUGCACUUGGAGAGUACACUAUCGAAGAUGUUCUCACUUUAUCUGAGCCCUUUUUCGUGGAGUCGAAACAGGUAGCAACGCAAGACAAACAAAAGUUUUCCAAAAAGACUGAGUUCUUCAGAAGCUAUUGCUUCGUUGACACAGACACAUUUCUGUUGACGACGAAUUCUGGCAAAGUGCUUCUGGCGUCUUUGUCUGAAGAGACAAAAACCGAUCCAUCAGGCCUCCUAGCUGGAUCAACCUGCGUCGCCACUCUGGAUGAGCUGGCUGGUUAUUCUGUCUGCACUAGUGGCUCAGUGCCUGGAUUAGCCUUCAUAACAGGCAAAAAGGGUGGCAUUUAUGUAUUUCACAAGGGUACAUCGACGCUCAAGAAUAUCUAUGACGCCGCAGGCAAAAUUGGAGACAUGCUUACCACAGACAUGUCCGGAGGAGAUGGUGACAAAAGACUGAAGCUACUGGUCAUAAUUGUGGGCCAGCCUCAAGCCCAUCUUUUGUUCUUGGAUAUUGCAUCCGAUUCACAGGUGUCUCGUGACAUAACGAUUCCGAUAGACUUCGGCACUGGCUCACUCAUUACAAGUAUGGAAUAUGUGACCGUACCUGGGAGAAGUUUCACUUUCUUGGGAUUUCGACGCGGCACUAUAGCUAUCUACGAAAAUCACGAUAGUGGAAUCCAAACGGGAGAAGCAACCAUGAUGUAUGUCAUCGAAUCGGCACAUACGCACGAGACGGUCACCUGUAUGAAGUGGGUUUCUUCAUCUCUAGAUUCAUUAAUUGGCCAUCUUAUCUCAACAGGCCGAGAUGGACGAUUGAUCAUACACCAGCUCGACCUGUCUGUCAAAUCGGUUCAGCUUGUCAGUCGUUUAACAAUGCCGAUUGGACCAAAUAUCGAAGGCUUGUAUUUCCAAAAGGGCCAUUUGAUGAUCCACGGCUUCUCAAGCAAGAAUUGGGUUCUUUACGAUGUGACAGCCGAAGAGGAGGUGAUGGGAGUUGAGACUGGCGGUGCACAUCGGAGCUGGGCUUACCAACCCUCGCCGUCUAGCCAUGGAGGAAUACUCGUAUGGACUAGAGCAUCGAGCAUGCACAUUUGCCGUCAGACCGAGUUGAGUCAUGUUGUAAUCCGAUCUGGUGGGCAUGGACGGGAGGUUAAGGCAGUGGCAAUCUCAAAUAAAUGCAGCGACAGGUCGCACAGUCCCCUCAUUGCUACCGGUGCUGAGGACACGGAUAUCAAAAUUUUCGAGUACAUUAACGGAGGUCUGAUUUGCAAGACAACCUUGCGAAAGCAUACUACUGGUAUCCAGCACUUGCAGUGGUCACACGACGGCCGGUAUCUGUUCAGUAGUGGCGGAUGCGAAGAGUUCUAUAUAUGGCGGAUUUGCGACUUGCCAUCAAAUCUGGGAGUUGGCAUUGUUUGCGAACACGAAUAUGUCCCAGAAAGUGAACACGCUGAUCUCAGAAUCAUGUCGUUCGACGUCAGAUCACGCGGGCCUGUCUAUAUCAUUGCCAUGGUCUUCUCCGAUUCCAGCACCAAGCUCUACCAAUUCAGUCCCAAAUCAUCCGUGGGCCUGAUCCCUCUUGCUCGAGGCAUAUACUUCACAUCGUGUUUAACACAAUGUACAUUCUUACCUGAUCAAAGUAUUCUCACCGUCAGCACGGAUGGUCAUGCUGUUGUAUGGCCUUUACAUUGCGAAGGGUCAUUGGGCCACGCGAGUACAUUGAGCUGGAAGCAUCCGACGCGAAUACAUCAGAACGCUUCCAAAGCUAUGGCGACCUACGACGUUGACGAAGGGACAAUGCUUAUCGUCUCAGGUGGUGAUGAUGGCAGUCUGGCUCUAAUGACUGUAUCCAAUGUGCAGGACUCGAAGACCCUAUUCGCUUCUCCACCGGUCCUUGUUAGCCGUGCGCAUGCCUCAGCCCUUACAUCAUGUGCAAUCGUCACAUAUCCUGUUUUGGGGCGCACAUUUAUCCUGACAUCUGGCACUGAUGAAUGGGUAAGGCUGUGGGAAGUAAAGCACCUGAAAACGUCGAGUGAUGUCAAGACAAUGAGCUCAAUACCAAACAUAGAAGUCAUCCGACUGGGAAAGGUCAAGACGAAUGUGGCCGAUGUAUCUAGCAUGGCUGUCCUGGACACGUCAGAUGAAAGCGCGAGGGUAUUACUAUGUGGCGUUGGGAUGGAAGUAAUUCGGUUGGAAUGGGAUGGGGAUAGCUGA